AUGUCAGAUCGAACGACUGACUAUUCAUAUUCAAACAGGGCACAGGGUUACGGUCCUUCAAGGAAUUCUACAUCAUACAGACCCUACUUUAAAAGCGAUAAGCCAUUUGGUAGGCAGUCAGAAAAUCACCACGACAAAUACGCUACAAAACCAUACGAUAAACCCUACCCUAAUCAACAUUCAAUGGGAUAUUCUCAAACGUCAAAUGGUUACGGUGGUAGAUAUCCACAAUCUGGAGAUAAGUCACCUUAUUCUACAUAUACAGCAAAUAAACCAUAUGGUUCAACAAUGAGUAAAGAUGAAUCGGGAUAUAGUGGUGUUAGAGGGUAUAUGAACCAUCAGGGGAAAUUCGGUGGGUAUAAUAGUUAUGGAUACGGAAGUGAUACUCUGGGGAAUGGAUUAGAACCAGUUAACUGGAACCAAGUUGAGCUCGUUAAGUUUGAGAAGAAUUUUUACGUAGAACACCCUGAAGUAAAGGCAAUGUCAUAUUCAGAAGCCGAUAAGAUAAGGAGAGAGAAGGAGAUUACGGUGGUUCACGGAAGAGAUGUGCCUAAACCAGUGGUUAAGUUUGAAUACACAUCAUUCCCGAGAUAUAUUUUAAGCUCCAUUGAGUCGGCUGGAUUUAAAGAACCAACGCCAAUUCAAGUUCAAGCAUGGCCAAUAGCACUAAGUGGAAGGGAUAUGAUUGGUAUAGCUGAAACAGGUAUUACCAGAUCGGGUAAAACGUUGGCAUUUUUAUUACCAGCAAUUGUGCAUAUAAAUGCACAGGCGUUAUUAAGGCCAGGAGAUGGACCAAUAGUGUUGGUAUUGGCACCAACACGUGAGUUGGCUGAGCAAAUCAAAGAAACGGCUCUUGUGUUUGGACGUUCAAGUAAGUUGAAGACGAGUGUAGCAUAUGGAGGUGUCCCGAAGAAGUUCCAGACAAUAGCACUGAGGAGAGGAGUUGAGAUUUUAAUCGCGUGCCCAGGGCGCUUGAUAGACUUUCUGGAGUCAAAUGUUACUAAUUUAAGAAGAGUGACGUACUUGGUAUUGGAUGAAGCAGACCGAAUGCUUGAUAUGGGAUUUGAGCCUCAGAUUAGGAAGAUCGUAGGACAGAUUAGGCCGGACAGACAGACGCUGAUGUUCAGCGCAACUUGGCCUAAGGAGGUUAUUUCACUUUCAAGGUCACUGCUUAGCCAUGAAGUGGUUCACGUUAACAUCGGUUCACUGGACCUUACCACAUGCCACAAUAUUGAGCAGAAUGUGUUUAUCCUUGAGGAGCGAGAAAAACGUCUUAAGCUAAAGGAGUUGUUAAAGAAGUUGAUGGACGGUGGGAAGAUACUAAUUUUUUCAGAGACAAAGAAGGGUGCUGACACGCUUACAAGAGAACUCAGACUAGACGGUUGGCCAGCUCUUUGCAUACACGGAGAUAAGAAACAAGAGGAGAGGACCUGGGUCCUUAACGAGUUCAAAACUGGAAAACACCCCAUUAUGAUCGCCACUGACGUCGCUAGUAGAGGUCUUGAUGUCCGUGACGUUAAAUAUGUGAUAAACUAUGACUUCCCAGGUCAAAUUGAAGAUUACGUUCAUCGAAUAGGCAGAACCGGUCGUGCCGGUAUGAAAGGAAGUUCUUAUACGUUUUUGACGCCUGACAAGUUUAAGUCGGCACGUGAGUUGGUCAAGUUAAUGCGUGAAGCUAAUCAAGAAAUCCCUCCAGAACUACUAAAAUUAGCAAAUGAGCGUUCUUAUGGAACUGAACAGAGGCGUUGGGGUGCAUAUGGAAGACCAUUUUCAAAUUCCACAAACCUCAUACCACUGGGCGGAACACAAAGAAACUACAACUCAUUUUCAAACUAUUAUCCAAGGAGAUAA